AUGGGGAAGAAGAAGGAUGAAGAGGGAAUGAAAACGGCGCUAACAUCACCAUUAUCAUCAUCGCCGUCAUUAUGCGAGUCGGAAACGGAAGAGUUACAACGGAUGCCGUUGGUUCCACCGCCAUUGAUGAAGAACAAAAUGUAUUUGUCAAAGCAGUUGUCGAUGUGCGAGACGUCUCGAGACAUUGCAUGGGAAAGAAGGCGACGGCAAAUACUUCGUCAGCAAAGAGGGAAAAACGGGUUGACCGACGAAGAUUUAUAUGAACUCAAAGGUUGCAUCGAGCUUGGGUUUGGGUUCAAUGAAGAAGAAGGUCAAAAACUAUGCAAUACAUUGCCUGCUUUAGACCUUUAUUUCGCUGUAAAUCGUCAACUUUCACCUAGUCCCGUUUCCACCCCUCAAAGCCGACGUUCUUCCUCCACAUCUUCACUCGGUGGCCGGUCAUCUUCUUUUGACAGUCCUGUAAGUGAGCCAGCUGAUUGGAAAAUUUACAGCCCAGGAGAAAAUCCACAACAGGUGAAGACAAAGCUAAGGCAUUGGGCACAAGCAGUAGCAUGUUCUUUAAUGCAAUCAUAUUGAUGACCUCUGGGUUUG